CAAAUUGCUCUAUUUGCUCAUUGUACUUUUGUUCUUCCAACUUUUUUCAUAAGCCGCGAAAGUAGAAACCGAAGGAGAAGGAAAGGGAAAUGAUGUUGAGAAGAGCGGUGAUAGAGAGCAAAGCUUGCCAAUUAUGGCGGCUGAUAGCAACAAGAGGCGCAGCCACCGGUAGCGGCAAGCAGGCAUCUAAGCCGGCAUCAGCGGCAGCGGCCGUUGAUUCUCUGUUGCUCCGUUCCCUCAAAGAACACUAUCUUGAAGUCUCCAAAAUGAAUCCCCCUCCUAAAGUUCACCCUCCUUCACCAUAUACGAUUAUCAAAGGUGCACUUGAUUCUAAUGGCCCUGUUCUCAAGCGAACCUAUGGCAAAGAAGAAAUUAGCAUCUCUGUGAUGCGGUUGGCUAAUAUUAUUCGUGGUGAAGGUGAUGAUCUUGAGGAAGAUGGAAUUAAUCAAUUGUUCCUUCGAGUAGAUGUGUCAAAGCCUGGACAGGAAGACUCCUUACAGUUUCUAUGUGGACUGUAUCCUGAUGCACUUGGAAUCCACUCAGUUUCAAUGAGGCCAAAAGUUGAAUCUUCAGUGGAUGAUGUGGCUCCAUCUAAAUAUAGCGGCCCUGUUUUUGAAGAUCUUGAUGAAAAUAUGAGGGAUGCAUUUCACAGUUUCAUAGAAGAACGAGGGGUGAAUGAGAGUCUCUUUCCAUUUCUACAAGCAUGGCUGUACGUGAAAGAUCAUCGGAAUUUGUUGCGCUGGUUCAAAUCGGUAGGCUCAUUCAUUAACGAAAAAGAGAAGUUGAGUCGAUAAUGCAAAAUAUUGAUCAACUGAUUAAUCUUUGAGGACCAAUGCAUGUUUCUGCUGGUUUUGAUGAUUGAGUUUUUACAUACAUGGUUCCUUAGC